UCAGCCGGGGACUCUUUUCGGCGCAACGCCAACAAACUCUGGCCGUAACUAUACAGCGUAUUAAACACAGCUGAGCCAAAUAACGAACUAACUGCCCUUACUGAGGAGAGCUGAGAGUGUCACAGCAUUAAAUCACUAAAACAGAUGUUUGACCAGCAUAAAAUGGACUUUUCUGCUUUAAUGGCAAAACCAAUAGGCACAAAGGUGUUUGUACCUGACAAAUCAUCCGUGCAGUUCUUCCGGGGCAAACUAGGACAGAGUCUUUAUCCUAAAAGAAAGGAUUUUGACUUGAAAGAUCAGAAGGUCUGGGAGUACAACAGCCUGCAGGAUAAAUACCUGAAGAAGUUCUUUAGCCAACCGGAGAAGAAGAAGCGUCUCGUUAAGCUUGGCUUAAUUUCUCAGGAUGGAAAGGUGCAGUGCUCCGUGAAGGAGUUUAACGAUUAUGUUGAUCACCUGAAACAAACCCAACUGAAACAGGUCAAGAAAGAGAGUGAGGAGCUGAAACUGAUAGAUCUGGAGGAAGAGGAGAUCUUCGAAGAAGAAGUGGCUGAUGUUUCAGAUGAGGACAUUUACCAAGCUCCAAGAGAAGAAACUGUGGAGAUGUUUGACCAGCAUAAAAAGGACUUUUCUUCUCUAAUGGCGAAACCGAAGGGCACAAAGAUAUUUGUGGCUGAUAAAUCAUCCGUGCAGUUCUUCCGGGGCAAACUAGGACAGAGUCUUUAUCCUGAAAGAAAGGAUUUUGACUUGGAAGAUCAGAAGGUCUGGGAGUACAACAACCUGCAGGAUAAAUACCUGAAGAAGUUUUUUAGCCAACCGGAGAAGAAGAAGCGGCUCAUUGAACUUGGCUUAAUUUCUCAGGAUGGAAAGGUGCAGUGCUCCGUAAAGGAGUUUAACGAUUAUGUUGAUCACCUGAAACACAUGCCCCAGCCGGAGAAGAAGGAGAAGAAGAAGAAGAAGGAGGAGAAGAAGGAGAAGAAGAAGAAGGAGGAGAAGAAGGAGAAGAAGAAGGAGAAGAAGAAGGUGAGGAAAGAGAUAAAGGAGCUGAAACUCAUUGACCUGGAGGAGGAGGAGGUCUUCAAAAAAGAGUGGGAUGAUGCUUCAGUUGAGGAAUUAAGCCAAACUCCUGGAGAAGAAAUUGUGGAGAUGCCGACAUCAAAGCCACUCCCCUCUACCUGCACUGAGAAGAAGCUGAUGAAGGAUAGGAAACGUUCCAGCUUCAGUUGGUCACAUAUCCAAACGCUAUCCAGCACCCGGGAGAAAGAAGAGGAAACUACAAAAGAAGAUGGCAGCCAGACUAGCUCAGUCUGGUCCCUCUUCAAGAAAGUUUGGAAGGCCGUAAGGCGCCCAAGAUCAGCUCCGUCUGCCAUCUAAAUUUCCCCAUUUUCUCCCAAUUAAUGAAACCAUUUCAUUAUUUAUUAUAUCCCCGCCCCACCCCUUCACUCUGUUUUUCCCCCAUUUCGAUUUCUUGCUUUCUAUCUUCUUUCACUUCUAUUCUAUAUUAAUCAUAUGAUUUGGUCAACGCAGUUCAUAUUAAUCUAUUGUACUGUAUAAAAUUGUCCAAUCCAGUCCCAGUGUAGGCUGAGCUCCAUCCUUAUAGAUGUAGAGCUCUUUUAGUAAAUCUGAAUUUUAAAAUUUGAUCUGAUAAUAGUCUGAAACACAACAAUUGAUGCAUCAAUUUAAUUCGGCUAUUAUAAUAUUUCAUAUCAUGUAUAUCAUUUGCUGCUCAGUUGACUGCUCAGUAUUUACUGAUGCUCUGCUCCAUCGAUAUAGAUGUUGAGCUUUUGGUAUAUCAGAAUAUUUGUGCAGCACACUGAGCAGCAGAUAUCUCACUUCUAUCAGAUAUCACCUAAAAAUCAUCUACAAUUGAAGAUUGCAGCGAUGGCUGCAGCAAAAGUAAGACUGAGAGUGCAUCCUGAUUGGUCCCUGCUUGUGUUUAGAUCUGUCAGUGAGCACUGUGAGAGCGAUUUACGCUCCACAGCUCUCUUUCUAAGCUACGAUAUUCAUUUAGUUUAGUUUCUGCAGCAUAAAGGAAGAGAAUUUGGCCACAGGUUAUAUAAAAUUUUUAAUUGAUUGAUGUUGAAGUAAGUUUAUAUUAUACAGGGGAUAUAUUUGUGCACGGGUAUAUCUAUUGUAUAUUGUAUAGGUAUUGUAGAUGGUUUGCAGGCAUCAGGGAGCUGGUAUAUAUAGAACUGUCUAUUUGGUCUUAAAGUCACAUCAUAUCAUGUAUUAGUCAUAUAUGGUUUAGACCAGAGGAGGAUGGGUCCCCCUUGUGAAGCCUGGUUCCUCCUGAGGUUUCUUCCUACAGGGGAGUUUUUCCUCACCACUGUCGCUUUAGGCUUGCUCACUUGGGGUUGUAAAAAUCACUAGACUAAAAAAAGUGAUGUGACGUGACUUUAAAGAAACCACAUAACAGUGAACUGACCCUUGACCAAAUCAUAUCAUUACCCCC